CUUCUAGCGAAUGUCUACAUUUUUGUGAAAGGAAAUGUGAACGUUUGCGUAAAACAUUUAAUUGAAAUGGUCCUAAGAAUUAAGAAAAUCGUAUUGAAACUAUACCAACAAACCAUAAAAGUGUAUAAACAUACUACACGGGUUUCUUUUUUGUAACAACCUGUACCUUACAUCAAAGCAAUGAAUUUUCUAACAGAUAUUUACGUUAAGAGACUUGCAGAGAAUGAAAAGAAUUUACAAUUCUGGGUAAAUUAUUUAAAGGAACUACGAGAACUUGAUUUAAAUGUUUUUGCGGAUAAAUUGACAGUACCAACUUUAGUACCAAUAGGCAAUCGUAUAUUAUUUAGAGGUGAAAUAAUACACACAAAUGAGAUUACGGUUUCUUUAGGGGCCGAUUAUUUUGCCAAGUGUUCGUUGAAACAAGCCGAGAUAUUAAAACAACAUAGAAUAAAAGAUGCUGAAACCAAAGUAGAUAUGUACGAAAAAGAAUAUGAUUAUCUGAAAAGUCAAAUAGCAUUUAGCAAUGAAAACAUUUAUGGAACUAAAGCCGAAGAAAUAGUAGAAAUAUAUUCUGAAGAAGAAGACAAAGCCUGGAGAAUAAAACACAGACAAAAUGUAAGGAAAUAUAAAAAAGACCAGCAGAUUCAAGAAAAAAUAAAUAAUCUAAUAUCUGAUGAAGAGCUUUGGAACAGGUUAGAUGAACUUGAACUUCAAGAAGAAUUAGAGAAUGAGUUAGUGGAGAUGAAUAAUAACUCGAAAUUCAAGUUUACUGAAAAUCCCUUUGUUGAACAGGAAGAAGCUCUAUUAAAAAUGAAUGAAGUUGAAAGUGUCAACAAUAAUAAACUUAUAACUGAAGAAAUAAAAUCAACAGAAACUAAUCUAGUGACUAAACAAAUUCAGGAGAACAAUAAUUUAAUUUCAAAAGUCAAUAUUCCAGGACAUAAUUCCAAAAUGGAGCUAUUGCAGCAAGUUAUAGAGAAACAGACUGAAUUAGAACGUAAAUUGAUCCAAUUGCAAAAUAGGGAAAUUAUAACCGAAGGUAAGACAGAACAGGAAUUAAUAUCGAAAUUGGAUGAGAUGGAACAACUGGAAGAGCUAGAAGAUGAAAUGGACAGAUUAGAUCAUAUAUUACUAAAUGAAAAUUUUGAUUUGGAAGAACAAGAUCAAGAAUUAGAGGUAGAAAUAGAUGAUGAUAAAUGCCAAGAUACAAAUGAGACAAAACUAAAAAAGAGUGUUUCAUUUGCUGAUAACAGUGAUACGGAAACUUUAGAGAUUCUUUUCAAACACAGUGAUGUAGAGCCAAGUCAAGAGAUGUAUUGCCCGGAGAAAGGUAUUCGAAAACCAAGUGAUGUGUAUGAAAUGUUCCCAAAUUUAAUAAUUGGAGCUACUUCUAUACUGAAGAAAUCUAAAUACAUUAAUGAAGAUUUUGUCGAAGUUGAAAAUUCAUUUAAAGCAAAUAAAAAAGUACUUUUUCCAACAUUACAUGAGGAAGAUUUAAUUAAAACUGUCGGCGUCAAAGAUAUUCAAGAAAAAGCCAAUAAUACUCAAGACAAAAAGAAAUGUAAUUCCACAAGGCCUAUGAGCUUGUUCAAGAAAAAAAGGAUGCAAAAUAAAAAGUAGUGUAUAUUUAUAAUAAAGUAUAUAGUGAUU